GAGAGAGGCAUGUGCAUUGAAAGUAUGUGCAAGUGUAUGUGCGUAGAAGCUGCUUUUCAAUUCCUAAGCUUAUAAAGAGAGAGAGACGCACACAAACCAGCUCAGUCUGUGCUGGAGUGAGUGAGAGGGAAGCAGGCAGGCAGGCACACACAGGAGGAGCAAGCAGCAGAAUGCGAAUGGACUAAACCCUCUCCUCGGUUUCGGAGAUUCUCUUUCUCUCUUUUGGGUUUUUUUUUUCGGGAGAGGGGGUAGCCUCGUGCCCUCAGGCUGGAAUUUUCCGGAGUGCGGUUGGGGCCGGAAGGGGCCCUGGGCAGAAGGCAGCGCGGUUCGAAAUGACUGUGCCCCUUCUUAAGAUCGGAGCCGUGCUCAGUACGAUGGCCAUGGUCACCAACUGGAUGUCACAGACGCUGCCUUCUCUGGUGGGGCUCAAUGGGACCAUGAUAUCCCGUGGCGGGAACUCAGAUAAAAUCACCCUGUUCCCCAGCCCGGAGGAAGGCUGGCAGAUCUACAGCUCAGCACAGGACCCGGAUGGGAAGUGUAUUUGCACGGUGGUGGCCCCCGCGCAGAGCGUGUGCACGCGAGACCCGCGUAGCAAGCAGCUCCGACAGCUCAUGGAGAAGGUGCAGAAUAUCACCCAGUCCAUGGAGGUGCUUGACUUGAGAACAAAUCGAGAUCUGCAGUACGUGAGGAACACAGAGGCUCUGAUGAAAGCGCUGGACAGCAGGUUGAAAGUGGCGGCCGACAGCCAGAAACCUCUGAACCCCAAAUCCUUUCAGGAUCUCAAGGUGAAGGUGGGCCAGAUGCUCCCCCUGCUGCCGGUGCUGGAGCAGUACAGAUCGGACGUGCGGAUGAUCAUGCAGCUGAAGGAGGAGGUGAGGAACCUGUCGCUCGUCCUGCUGGCCAUCCAGGAGGAGAUGGGAGCCUACGACUACGAGGAGCUGCAGCAGAGAGUCAUGAUGCUGGAGGAGAGGCUCCACGCCUGCAUGCAGAAACUGGGCUGUGGGAAGCUCACAGGGGUCAGCAAUCCCAUUACUAUCCGAGCGUCGGGGUCCAGAUUCGGAUCGUGGAUGACUGACACUAUGAGCCCCAGUGCAGAUAACCGGGUGUGGUCCAUGGACGGUUACUACAAAGGCCGGCGGGUUCUGGAAUAUCGCUCCCUGAACGACUUCAUGAAGGGGCAGAACUUCGUGCAGCACCUCCUCCCUCACCCUUGGGCCGGCACUGGCCACCUGGUGUACAACGGCUCCCUCUACUACAACAAGUACCAGAGCAACAUCGUCAUCAAGUACCAGUUCCGCUCGCGCAGCAUCCUGGUCCAGAGGAGCCUGGCCAGCGCCGGCUACAACAACACCUUCCCUUACUCCUGGGGGGGCUUCUCGGACAUAGACCUCAUGGCCGACGAGAACGGCCUGUGGGCGGUCUACACCACCAAUCAGAAUGCAGGGAACAUCGUGAUCAGCCGGCUGGAGCCCCAGACCCUGGAGAUCCUGCAGAGCUGGGACACGGGGUACCCCAAACGCAGCGCGGGGGAGUCUUUCAUGAUCUGCGGCACUCUUUAUGUGACCAACUCCCACCUGGCGGGGGCUAAGAUCUACUUUGCUUAUUACACAAAUUCAUCCAGUUAUGAGUACACAGACAUCCCCUUUCACAAUCAGUACUCGCACAUAUCAAUGCUGGACUACAACCCCCGGGAGAGGGUGCUCUACACCUGGAACAAUGGCCACCAGGUCCUCUACAACGUCACGCUUUUCCACGUUAUAAAGACUUCGGGAGAGUUGUAAAUUGACGGCAUUGCGGCUGGCCAUACUGAGUGACUGAGCGACGAGACGUGUCCUCCUUUUUUUAUAUUUCAAUAUUAUUAUUAUUAUUAUUAUUAUUAUUAUUAUUAAUAAUCAAAAAAAAAAAAAAAUGAAAAAAAACACUGACUUCGACUGCCAGCGCCAACGACGAAACUAAAUAAAAAACUGUUUUUUUUAUUUUUUUUUCUUGUGGUGAGUACGCAUGGUUCUCUUUUUUUUGUGACAAGAAAUAAACAUCUACCUUUGUCAUUUAAGAGCUUCUUAUUCCUUUAUUUUCUAGGACGCGAUACCGUUAUGCGGGUCAGUUUU